GCGGACGGACAUGGCUGGGUGCUGCUCGUUAUUUCCUUAUGUGGAGCGAAGUGAUUCUGGGGGCCGGGCCUCACUGAUUACUGUAGAAAAACACAACUUUAUAACUUUAUUCUUAAUUUUUAGCUAAUCUUGAUCAAAUUUUAUGAACAAAUAUUGUCUGAUUUUUCAUUCGGUGUUUUCCGGAUGUUCGGCCUGAGCUCUCGGUGAUUCUUGGAGUUCGCUGAUGGACGGAUAGCUUUACUUGUUGCUAAAGUAACCGCUAACCGAUUAGGUUCCUUAGCUAGUCCGCGCUGUUAGCCGGCAGCUAGCGGUCCUGUCAGCAGACUGCGGGCUGGGAGCUCCGAGCUCCGGCGGGAGUGUUAGUGUUCACAUCGCUGGCACAGGAGCUUUGGCCCGCCGGGAGGAGGAGGGUUCAGGGCCGGGGGGUGGGUGGGGGCACGCAGCGGGGAAUGCUGGCGGGGAGCAGCGUCGGAAUGGGCACCAGAACCGGACCCGGACGAACGGGCAACGGAACCGGCCUGAGCAGCCUCGCGGUGAGCACUGUCGGACCGGGACCGAACACAUCCUCCGAGACCGAAGGAGGCCACUUUGGGGACAGAGAGUUCAGUACUGAGGUGGUCUACAGCGGCUCCGACCAGGACUCGGACUCUGGCGAUGACGAAGACACGGCGGGUUCAGGCGGGGACAGGAGAGGGGUGAAGCGGGAGAGGAGCGAGAGGGAGGUCGGGCAUCAGUCAGCACCCACCUCCGGAGGACUGAGCGGGGGUUACGUCGGGGUCAACCCCGGGGUACCAGGGGCCAAGCCCGGAAAGAAAACUAGAGGAAGAGUGAAGAUCAAGAUGGAGUUCAUAGACAACAAACUGAGGCGGUACACGACCUUCAGCAAGAGGAAGACCGGGAUCAUGAAGAAGGCCUACGAGUUGUCCACGUUGACCGGUACUCAGGUGUUGCUGCUGGUUGCCAGUGAGACGGGUCAUGUGUACACCUUUGCCACCAGGAAGCUGCAGCCAAUGAUCACCUCGGAGACGGGGAAGGCUCUGAUCCAGACCUGCCUCAACUCCCCGGACUCCCCCCCCCGCUCCGACCCCUCCUCCGACCAGAGGAUGAGCGCCACGGGCUUCGAGGAGACCGACCUCACCUACCAGGUGUCUGAGGCUGACGGAUGCUCAGAGGUCGCCAAGGAUCUGAUCAAACCAGCGUUCUCCAACAUGCCCAGCACCACACAGGCCACGCCCUCCUCCUCCUCCUCGUCUUCAUCCUCUGUGUCCAUGCAGGUGCAGACCAGCGCCCCCUCCUGGCAGCCCCCCUCCUCCACCAACGGGACAGUGCUGAAGACGUCUGCAGGUGUCGUUCUUCCUGGAGGCUUCACCUUGAUGCCUGGUGCUCCUCUGCCCCCUGGCACUCACACCAUCCCGCUCAGUCAGCUGCAGGGCCAGCCUUUGGCCAUCCAGGGCCCCGUGGCCCCAGGCCACGCCUCCACGCUGCACGCGCCGACGACACAGGCGACCACGCUGCUCCGCCUCCCCGCCACCGUGUCACUGUCAGGGGGCGGAGUCUCUCAGCAGCUGCAAACUAUCCAGGUUCAGCCCAGCAGUCAGCAGGCCUCCACCAAUCAGAACAGCUCAGACAUCCACAACCUCCCCUCCUCCACAGCCAAUCUUCCCACCUCCAUCGUCUCCUCCUCUUCCUCUUCUUCCUCAGUAGCGGGUCACAUGAUGUACCCAGGUGGUCACACAGUGAUGUACGCUGCACCGACGCCCUCGCUUGGCGAUGGCAGCCUUACCGUCCUCAACACCUUCCCCCCAACAGGCCACGCCCAGUCACAUGAACCUGGCGCCGUCCCGCAAGUCUUCCUCACUUCGCUCCCCCCGGUUGCCGCUCAGAUCCCGGUCUCUGCGGUCCAGCUCCACCCGAUGGUGAUCAGUCAGCAGAGCAGCAGCAGUAACCUGACGGAGCUGCAGGUCGUCAGCCUGGAUGUCCACCAAUCAAAAGAUGACUGACGUCACAUGACACACACACACAAGCUGGUGCAGCUAUCCUUGUAAGGACACUUCCAUUCAUAGGAAACAGUGUAACCCAGACCCCAGUCAGGACCCUGUGGUACCUACAAGGUGUCUGUGUUUAUAGCACAUAAAGGUCCCAAAGAGGUAACAAGAACACACACACACACACACACACACACACACACACACACACACACACACACACACACACACACACACACACACACACACACACCAUCAUCAUCAUCACAAACAGUUAUUUUUUCCUCACUCCUUGGUUUGGUUUGUUCCUGUUUACUUCCUGUUGUUCAUCAUCAUGUAAACAAUAGCAGACUGUAAACAGUGUGAUGUGAUGAGUACAUGUGGAAUAAUGUGAAUGAACAUGUGAUGUCAUGAUCAAUCAGUUUAUGAGACGACAAACAUGAGGAAGAAGCUGUGAUGUUCAGGCAAGAAGUGUAGCUGUUGCUGGAUAGCUAACAUUAGCAUUAGCAUUAGCAGCUGUUUACUGACCAGCCUAGAAGAAACUUCAUUCCUUUACUCACAAACAUUUGAAACAAACACCAGUGUUAACUCCUGUCUCUGUCACACCUGCUCUUCUACUGAAGUUGGCAUGCUAAGCAGCUAGCUGUUUGAUACUGAGUCAGUGUAGCUGCUCAGAGGAUGUAUUACAAACACAAUGACAAGUGACCAUCAUCAAUCAUCAUCAUCAUCACCUGCUCACAGUAAGAAACCAGGUUCAGUGACAGAGAAAAGGCCCCUUGUAUCACAUCAUCACACACGUGUGUGUGUGUGUGUGUGUGUGUGUGUGUGUGUGUGUGUGUGUGUGUGUGUGUGUGUGUGUGUGUGUGAGUGAGUGUGAGAGAAUAGUGUUCUGAAUGUAUCAGUAUCUUUAGUUCAUGUUUUUCUCUUUGUUGCACUUUGAGAUAAAGAAAAACAAAGUGCCAAGAACAUGGAGAAGUUUGUUAAAGGAACAGUUCACACAUUAAUAUUAACAGAGGGAGCAGGAGGACUCAUGUGUUGAUGUUUGAUCAUGUUACUCCGAGGUUCUCAGUCAGUCCACAGCUGUAAAGAGACAACAACAACAACAUGAGAGCUGUUCAACACUGUAACAAUGUCCAAAAGGACAGUAAUGUUUAGAUUGAACAGUUUAUCGGUUAUCUGAUCAAUACUGAUCAUUUAUUUUUAUCAUUGAUCAGAGGUCAUGUCCACAGGCGUAUCAUGUCUUGUUGAAGUGAAUGUGGUCCAGACACCAGAAGACAAACAGGAUCCAACAUGGACUCUGAUGAGCUGAUGAAGAUCCUGCAGACCUGGUCUGGGGUCAGGUCUGAGCAGGACCUGGUUUUAUCAACUUUAUAAACUUUUGACUGUUGACGUCAAAUAUAUUUUUGUUCUGAGCCUAUUUUUCUCCCAGCGUCACAAACUGAAGCAGGUCAGAAAUCAGCCAUUUGACCUCUAACCUCCUUCAUGUGUUUACGGUUUUCAUUUCUUCAUGUAUGGACCUAUAUUUCUAUACAGUGAUUGUUUCAUAUGAAACAAUCAAUAAUCAAUCAAUAAAAAGGCCUUUGGAGAGAAAACAUGAUGUUCUGGGUCACCAGCCAGCCCCGGGCCCUCAGGGGCCCCAGAGGUUCAUUGUGUGGAGACCAGCUCUAAAAUAAAGCGUUUUAGAAACUGA